AUGUUUCUUGUCCACGACGUGACAAAAUUUUUAGGAGUCAAAAUCNAGAGCCAGAGGAUGAAGGAGAAGAUAGAAAACAUCUCCAAACAGGUCUCCACCCUGUCAGAGAAGAUCAGAGAUAUUCAGAAGGCCAUGGAUGCUGAGGCAAUCUCCUUCUUGAAGGCCAUCAAGGACAUCAAAGAAAAUGUCCAGUGCUCACUGCAGGACCCAGAGCUGGAGUCAGGGGCGCUGAUAGAUGUGGCCAAACACCUGGGCUCUCUGAAGUUCAGAGUCUGGGAGAAGAUGCUGGGGACUGUGCAGUACACUCCUGUGACUCUGGACCCAAAUAUUGCACACCCCCAGCUCUCUGUGUCUGAUGAUCUGACCACCGUGAGACACACUGGAGUUGAACAGCAGCUCCCUGACAACCCAGAGAGAUUCGGUCUCUAUGCAAUUGUGCUGGGAUCUGAGGGGUUUAACUCUGGAAAACACAGCUGGGAGGUGGAGGUGGGGGACAGACCUGAGUGGGAUGUAGGAGUAGCAGCAGAGUCUGUUAAGAGGAAGGGGGAGAUUACAUGCAGCCCAGAGGCUGGAUUCUGGGUUGUAUCACUGAGGAACAAUGAUAAGUAUACAGCAUGUGGCUCCACCCUCAGGCUGGAGAGGAAACCGCAGAGGAUCAGAGUGCAGCUGGACUAUGACAGGGGGGAGGUGUCCUUCAUCAACCCCACUGACAUGUCACUCAUCUACACCCUUAAAGACACAUUCACUGGGACCCUGUUUCCAUAUUUCAGUACGGGUGGGUAUGAGGAUGGUAGCAAUGCUGGAGAUAUGAAGAUCUGUCCAGUAAAGGUGUGUGUGACAGUGACAUCAUCCCAGUAAAGGUGUGUGUGACAGUGACAUCAUCCCAGUAAAGGUGCUUGAUUCAGUCCUUACAUCCCAGUCAAGGUGUCAUUUGUUGAUAUAAACCUGUAAACUCCUACAGAUUUACACUUUGGGUUUCAGGUUAAUUAUUGACCUACAGGAUUCGUGGUGGGGGGGGGCAGGUUACAAAUCCUCUUAGAUUAAAGGCCUGGGCAUGUGUGACUCAGCAGGUUAGAAUUCUGUGCCUGUGGUCAGCAGAAUGACGUCACCAUUGGGUCCCUGAGCAAGACCCUUAACAUCCAAACCCCCCAGAGACUGUCUGCCCCUGUUUUCUAAUGAACAAAUGUAUGUAACUUUGGAUAAAAGUGUCUAUGCAAGAAAAAUGUAAAAUGAAAACCCUCUUUAAUAAACCUUUAUCAGUUUA